AUGCCUUACGAGUCUCAGCAACGAGCGGCUAGGUCAAAUGCAGAGAUACACAGUCCACCGGCCCCUGGACUAGCCCAGCCUUUCCACGCAUCGGCAAUUUCUUCCUCUGUUGAAGCACCCGUGUCCAGUGCAGAGAGUGAAGUUACAGCCAGUGCUGUUCAUCAAUCUCAGCUCUCUUCAUUUUCUUCAUCUACGUCAAUUUUCUCUUCUGCUGCCUCUCCAUCCUCCUCUCCUCCCCACUCACCGUCUCCCUCUCCAUCCACAGUAUCAAACCAAUGCCACCACCAAUAUCAUCCGCAUGCCGGCUCCAGGCCAGAGGGCCAACCCCGGCUUGACUGGAUAUCAGCCCCCGGUGGGCAUGCGGAAGAACCUUCUAUAGUGUCUAUGGAUCUCGGCUUUCAGGUGUCGCGAGUCAACUCUGAUAAUUGCCACCUCGUCUCUAGCCCACCGGCUUCUAGUAUUGCAGGGACACUUAAGUCUGGUCCAGGAGGAUACAGUCCUAUUUCAAUACAAUUGGCUCAAAUCGACCUAUCGGUAAAUUCAAGAGCUAGCAAUUAA